CGGGGAGACCGCAUCCAGGCCCAGCCCUCCAGGCCUUGAAGGUCAAACCACACUAGGGCUGGCUUCCAGGAAGCAGGACUCUUAGAUUAGCCUUGGGGACACAAGGCCAACUUUCCCGCCACCCGAGCCCUCUCCAACCUCGCCGGCUGCCCCAUCACUGUGGGCCGUGUGAGUCAUGGGAAGAAGCCAGGACAAACACACCCUGGGACUGGGAAAGGCCACUCCUGUUUUUUCCUGCUCGUGAAUGUUCACUGGGGCCGGGGAGGUGGCGGUGGCCGAAGUGUCCCAUAGGAGCCCCGGCAUGCAGGGUGGCUUCCCGGGACUCCACAGCUGCCAGACUCCGGGAGACAGCCCAGACCUGCUGGGCCCCGGCUGGGGGCUGGGACUGUGCUUCCAAGUGGCAUUUGGCAAAACUGGAGAUUUUCUUGGAAGAGACGGGCUCCCCAAACCGGUGAGGCUUGUUCACCUCGGUGACUUCCAUUUCUCUGAUGAGGAAAGUGAGACAGUCAACUGCAAGUGUCUGUCACUCAUGGCCACGGAGCCGAUUGACCACUGGCCGUACCGCCUUCCAACUCCAGAGUCCCCCAAGUGUUUGGGGUCACGAUACUCUAGGACACAGGGCUCUGCAGCGGCACUAACACAGUUUGAAACUCAGCUCUGUCGCCUGCUUAGCUGUGUGAUCUUAGGGUUGUCGCUCUGGCACCAGCCUGUCGAGCCAUCUAUCGCGUUAGCACUCUAGAAGCCCAGUGCUCGGCGUGCUGCCGUCUAGCAUCGUACUGGUCCAGUCUGCGAGGUGCUGACCGGCUGGGCCGCCAACACCCGGGCCCCCAGGGCCUUGGCAUCUCCUUCACUGGGUCUUUGUCCCGUUUCUGUCCCGCCCAGGCGUCUGGGGCCUGAAUGGAGAACGCGUCCCUCAGCUACGAGUACCAGGAUUACGGCGACAUUGGGGAUCUCCCGGUGGACUGUCUGGACGGCGCCUGCCACUCCAUCGGCUCGCUCCGCGUGGCCUCGCUGCUGCUGUAUGCUGCCGUCUUCCUGGCGGGGGUGCCCGGCAACGCCAUGGUGGCCUGGGUGGCCGGGAAGGAGGCCCGCCAGAGGGUCGGGGCCACCUGGCUGCUCCACCUGGCCGCAGCGGAUCUGCUCUGCUGUGUGUCUCUCCCUGUCCUGGCGGUGCCCGUUGCCAGCAGGGGCCACUGGCCGUACGGGGCAGUGGGCUGUCGGGUGCUGCCCUCGGUCACCCUGCUGUCCAUGUACGCCAGCGUCCUGCUCCUCGCUGCUCUCAGCGCCGACUUCUGCCUGCUGGCAUUCCGGCCCUCCUGGCGGGUGGCAGCCCUGCGGACGCGGGGGGUGCGGGUGGCCUGCGUGGCAGCCUGGGUGCUGGCCACGCUGCUCACGGUGCCCUCUGUCGUCUACCGCCGGCUGCACCAGGAGCACUUCCCUGCCCGGCUGCAGUGUGUCGUGGACUACGGUGGCUCGGUCGGGACCGAGGUCGCGGUCAUGGUCACCCGGUUUGUUUUUGGCUUCCUGGGGCCUCUGGUGGUGGUGGCCAGCUGCCACUGCGCCCUGCUGUGCCACGCGGCCCGCCGCCAUUGGCCACUGGGCACGGCUGUCGUGGUGGGGUUUUUCGUCUGCUGGACUCCCUACCACCUGCUGGGACUGGUAGUGGCCACGGCUGCCCCGAACUCUGCGCUGCUGGCCCAAGCCCUGCGAGCUGAUCCCCUGGUCGUGGGCCUCGCCCUGGCUCACAGCUGCCUCAAUCCUGUGCUCUUCCUGUAUUUCGGGCGGGCUCAACUCCGCCGGUCACUGCCUGCUGCAUGUCGCUGGGCCCUGAGGGAGUCGCAGGGCAAGGAUGAAAGUGUGGCCAGCAAGAAAUCCACUAGCCACGACCUGGUCUCAGAGAUGGAAGUGUAGGUUAGAGGGACACUUGCUUGUAUGCUCCUAUCCUAUUUCACAAAACGGGCUUCAGGCAUAGCUGGAUCCAGGGGCUGACCAAUGUCUUCAUUUCAUUCCUUCAUUCAUUCAACAAACAUCCAUUAUGCACCUGCAAGGCCCGGUUAUAGGCACUGGCUAUAUAGCAGUGACCAAAACAGACACAAAUCAUGCCCUCAGGGGGUGACAUUCUAGUGGAGAAAAACAGACAAUAAACAAAGGAAUAUGGA